UAGCGGUAAUAGUGGGGUGAAGGCCCCGAUCAGCCCGAUCUAUCCACACUCAGCUCUAGAUCCAUUUUCCAUCACAGAUCGUUUGCCUUCCAACUCCAGCUCCAACUCCAACGUCAAAUCCGCCGCAAAUUCGUCGCGGCCAUGUCCCCUUAACCGCACCAACUCCGUCGAGUCUGUUGGAACCUUGGGCGCUUACCCUCUAGGAUCCCUUCGACUCAUAGGGUCUAGGAGAACCCCAGAGAGGUCCUUAGACCUAGAUACCGUCAUGGAAACUCCAUCUAAUCCUAAGCCCAAAGAUGCUUUUCCCACCGGCGGCGAUGUCUUCAUUCUGGACGACCUACCGCCGAAUUUCACAGUCGGCUGCGACACUAUGUCUUUCUCAACAAGAAACUCAUUCCCGGGCUUUCGCGAGAUCCCGCCCGGCGUUCAUCUUAUCUGGGUCGCCCCCUCUGAACUAACGUCAUCUCGCAGCGCGUAUUGGAUUGUAACUCCCGAGCGGGAAGAGUGGGAGCAGUCCGAAGUCUACGUCAAGCAGUGGGACACGUUCAACGAAGUUCUCGGUGAGCCCGCCAGCCACGCCGAGGAGCGGUUCCAACGGGAGAGGUUAAAAGAGGCGUUCGACAGCCUCUCGCCCUAUCAGUUCCGGGCCGUCGCAUCAGGCGUGCACAUAUCGCCGCCCGAGCACGAAACCAAGCUCCCCUCGUUUCUGGCCAACGAAACGAUAUGGACUCAGCUGACGUGGGCAAUCCACCCGGGCCUCCUCAGCAGGAUCACAGGUAUGACGCAGAAAAGUUGGCAAGUCACCACCCUAGACCGCGUCGCCGGCGAUGCGACGACAGCCGAAGAAGCGCGCCUAUACACCACCGGCAAGCCGCAGCUCCAAUUCACGUUUCCCAUGAACGCGCCGCUCAUCGACCCCGCGGCGCAAGGCAGCGAGCGCACGCAGCAGGCGCUAGACCCGACCAACUUCGUGAUCUCCGUGCUCGAGAGCGGCGCGAACGGGCUGCGCCCCGACGACCUCGUCGGCGAGCUGUCGGUCGCCUUCCUCACCGGCAUGCACCUCGGCAACUUCUCGUGCCUGGAGCAGUGGUGGUUCCUCACGAACCGCGUCGUGUUCCGGUGCUUUGAUUUGGUGGUGCGGCGCCCCGCGCUCGCGCUGAGCCUCAUCCAGGCCUUCCACGCCCAGCUCGCGUAUAAUGACCGCUACCUCGAGGGCGACAUCCUCGACAUGAUGCCGGAGCAGUCGCGCCGCCUGCAGCGCGCGCUGGUCACGUACAAGGCGCGCCUCGACGAGAGGCUGCUGGCGCUCGGCGACCGCAUCUCGGGGGCGCAGCACCGCGCCGGCGAGGCCUUCUCUGCGCUCGAGGCCUGGCUCUGGAGGCGCGGGUGGGAUCUCAGGGGUCAGUACGUGCGCGCUGGGACCCUCGCGCUCGAGGACGGCGAGCAGGUCGAGGCUGAGAUGUCCGAUUUCGAGGACGAGGAUGAGAGGGGCGAGUUCGCGCCCGUGGUGGUGGAUCUGGAUGAGGGGGGCAGGGAGGCCGGGCUGGUUUCGUGGGAGAAGUGAGGUUGGAUUGAACUGGACUGGGCGGGACCGGAGUAGGAUGGAUGGAUGGAUAGAUGGGAUGGGAUGGGAUGGGAUGGGAGAUGACGGAUGGGGAGUACGGGAUAGAGGACGGAUGGGUGGAUAAGAGGUUGAACGGCAACGGAUGGAUGGAUAGAUCGAUCGAUUAAUCGAACAAAGCCCGCGCACGAUUUUUCAAAACAUUAACCACGCUUACGAAACCUACGAAGGCGCCAUCUUUUACGGUUGGGAGCUGGCUUUUUUGCACUCCUUUCUUCUUUUUAUCGUUGCAUCGCAUUAAACCUCUCGCGCGCCUUUUUAAUCACGCAUGCAUUCCUGCACUCUUGGUGUUCGUCGUUUUCUGGCCUUGGUCUUGCUUGGUCUUGGUUAUACUUUCCCUGUUGUAUAAUUACUAUAGACCUUUUCUAAGGGAUUUUUCUAAAGGAGGCGGGAGAAGCUUCUUCUGAUAGAACGAGGAGGCGGAAUACAAAUCGCCUAAUUAUGUAUAGCAUGGACGGAAACUUGGACUCUGGUCCUGGGCCUGGUCAUGGUUAUGGUCGAGUCUUGGUUGGUAGAUGGUAGAGCAGCAUAGGUUCAUUCCUCUUCGCGUACAUCGUCUAAUUCGUUAAUGGUACUAAUUGAUGAA